ACGAAGAUGGACUGGAAGUGCGUAGCCUGCGGUACGGUGAAUUUGAUGGUGAAGGGGUCCAAGUGCGCAGCAAUGGUGGACACCGGGGCAGAGAUGAACAUUAUUCGGGAGGCAGACGCGAUCAGAUUCGGGCUGGAUAUAGACCGUUCUGACUGCGGUAUUCUGCAUGGAGCCAGCUGUAAGGCCGUGUUUUGCGGGACAGCCUCGAAUGUGCUCAUCGAGGUUGGAAAGGUGAAGGUCAGGGCAUGCUUCUUCAUAAUGCCAGACGUGGACCAUGGAAUCCUCCUGGGGAGGUCAUUCCUAGGCAGGACAGAGACCGUGAUGUUUAACAAACAUGAUGGGACGUUGAUCCUUCUCUUAUGCGAUCCUGCCUGCGGGAAUUAUGAAAUAAUUACUUGCAGGAACACCGGGCCAAGGAGUAUAAGGAACCGGCUUAAUCCAGGAUCGUUCACGAUCGAGGAAUCGGAAGGGGAGCGCAAGAGACUCUGGGCAGAGCCCGAAGCAGGAGAGAGGGUGGAAGCAUUUUCCCUCAGCCUGUCAGAUAUUGGGAAGGCCAUGGAUUUGGUCACCGUGCAUGAGAUGGCAGAUCCGGAUGCCAUCCAGGUCUUGAGGGAACAAGUUCUGGAAUGCCCUGAGGCAGGGAGGUUGGAAUUGGUAUAUCGGCUCCCAGGAAGUGAAGGGAACCCCGCAUCAGCGCAAACACAAUCCGUCAAGCUGUCUACUGCUGUGGAACAGGUUGACGAAGGAUGUGAAGGUGGGCAAAGUGUCACCACAACACUCACAACUGUCACAGUGACAGAUAAUAAAUGGUGUGAUGGCAGUGGCGCAAGUGUCUUCCCCGUUGGCGAGAAGGGCAAUAUUGGUAGCCCACAAGGCCAUAUGUGGAUGUCUAUGGAUAUUUUGCCAUAUGGGUYGGGAARCCAAGGGCGRCUCAGGGCAUCWUUGGAUGAAACCAUGYAUCUGGCRRAAAUGGAACAGCAACUCGAGGCUCACACUCCACUUGAUGAAGAGACACUCAUAGGCGACUUAGAGAUUCCUGCAGAAUUUCAAAGUCCGAUAUCAGAGGAGAAGGCACAACGAGGGUCUCAGGAGGCGGGUACUGUAACAGGCUACCAUGAGGAAGCUAUGCUUGCGGAGGAGAUGGAACCGGGCGGCGAACCUAACAGUCCAUUUGAUGAAGACAUCCCUGGCAGCGACUUCGAUACUGGUACUUGAGGGUCUUAGGAUUCGUCUAUUGUAUUCGAUACUGCUGGGAAGAACGACACUCUUGAGGGGCUUGUGGCAAAAGAAGUAAUUCAAGUGUCGGACAUCG